CAGCAUUGCAAGUGACUCCACAGUGACUGGGCUGCUUUUGCAUAGUCCUAGGAAUUGACAAGCCGGGCGCUGUAAAAUGCCGCGAUUAGAGCCCAUCGAUGAGCGCAAUGCUUGCACCCUUUCCGGUUCAGUGCUUUACUCGUGGCGACGAGCUCGUCCUCGACGCAAAACAAUGUCUAGAGCCAGCCUGCCCAGCUCGAGCGCCACCUCAGGCUCGAGCUUAGCGUACCGCUGGGUCGCUGACUUCCACAAGGCUGCCACAGAAUACGAACGGAGCAUUCUAGAGGUCACCGCCGCGCUGAGGGCAAUCGGCGUGGAGCCCAACGCCCGGCCGCCUGCUCUGCGGCCGCCCGACGAGCCGCCGGCGCCGGGAGCCGCGGGGCCGGCCUCGGAGCCAGGCUCUUCGGCAUCGUCAGCGCCGGACGUCGGCCGCAGCCCUCAGAGGAAGUGGGUUGACGACUGGGCGAGAUUCCGCAAGGCCACGGAGGCGUACGUGGUCCAGUUGAGGGAGCAGCUCCAUCAGGCAGAGUUGCGCGCCCUCAAGGAGCAACAUCAGGCACAGUUGCAAGCUGCUGAGGAGCGGGGGCGGGCUCAGGCGCAGCGGGAGGCGGCUGCGGCAGCGCUGGCGGCGCCGGCCCCCAAAUGCUGGUGCUGGCCCUGGCGCUGAUGGCCCCCCGGCCCCAGGUGGCUGCAGGCCAGACGAACCCGCUGUGGCCGCGGGAGCUCCCUACCCCCUACCCGCCUUGGUGCCCUCCCCCCCACCGCUGGGUAUCGUGCCGGCCCCGCUGGCGCCCUGCCGGGCAGCGCCCCUGCCCGCUGGCGCUCCGCUGUCCAUGGCUUCGCGGCGACGCCCAACGGGUGGUGGGAAUGGCAUGCGUGGCAGAUCAGGCCGUGCGAGGGACGGGCGCGGCGGAGUCAGGAAUGGUGACGUGUUGCUGAGGCGACGUGCGGCCCACGUGCCGGCGAUGGCAGUAUCAGCGGUGGCAGGGUGGGGCGUGGGGCGGCUGAGGUGGCUGAGUCUGGCCGCAGCCGUGGGCAGUCUCAGGCUGGCUGCCUGAGCAGCAGUGGUGCCGCGUGUACUUUGCACGUGCGGUGUGCGGCGCGGCAAUCCUCGCAACUACCGACAGUUUAACUGACACACGGGGAUCACAAACGGGCUUUCGCGCAACUGCCAGCGAACAGGGGCGGCACGUGGCGUGGCGGUUGGCGCGCGGCGCGAGUGGGAGUGCGUAGUUGGACAGCGAGGCGUGUGGGAAGCUGCAACAGAGUACGGCGGGGCUUGGCGGAGGCUGGCGGUUGGCGCGCAGCGCGAGUGGGAGUGCAUAGUCGUGCGCGUGCCGUUUGGGAAGCUGCGUGUGCGAUGGGACAGUGGUAAGGCAGGUUGGUAAAGUCCCGUAGGGUGCAGCUGAUUCCCAGAACCCAGCAGAUGGCAAACAAUUUGCAACGGCAGGGCAGGAGUACGCGGCCGGUCGAACGCCGGAGUUACUGUACCGACGAG